UAGUUAUUUCAAAUACACUGAAUCUAAUGUUUUCUAGUAAUUUUUUUUAAAAUUAAUUUUAUUUCUAGCAGAUUUAGCAUUAUUGUCAAAUCUUCAAAUUCAUUCUUUCUUUCAAAUUCCUCCAUCCCAAAGCAGCAUGUACUGUACAUAUCAAACAUUGAAGUAGUAAUAGAUUAUUUCAUGAUUACCAUUUUCAUUGAAAAGAAAAGAAAACUUUAUUUUUUGGUAUAUAAAAAAAAAAAGAAAAAAAAAAAGGGGACUUAUUCAUUGUUCUCUUCUUGGAACAGCACCACAUAAAGCCCAAAGGCAUUUGACACGUACGAGGCCCUCGCCCAAUUACCAUAUAAACCCAAACCUAAUAAAUAAACUCUAACAAACAAGGCCGCAGAAGAAAAAGCCCUCUUUCUUUCCCGUUCUCUUUCUCUCGCUCGCUCGCUCGCUGACUCGCCUCACAACAAUCAUCGUCAGCGAAUUAUCACACAGUCACCCCACUCAUCACACCUAAUUGUAAUUGAAGCUUUUAUUUUUAUUUAUUUUUAUUUUGGUUUUUAAUUUGGCUUUUAUUUUCCAAGUAAAAAUUUUGGGAGGGAGGGAGGGCGAUCCCUAAACCCAAUUUUUUUCAAAUCUAAAUCUUCUCUCGCAAUAUGGCAUUUCACGUCGCUUGCCCAAUUACAUGCCGCCGAAUCUGCGACUGUCCGCUAGGGUUUCCUCGCACUCUCGCCACCGACAAUGCCAAGACCUUGUUCCUCCAAGACGUGCUUCGAGUCCACGACUUUCUCAUCGAUCCCACCGGAAUUAGGGCUCGCGACGAAGGCAAAACAGUCCAGGUCGCCGUUCCGAGAGUUGCGCCGCCGCCUCCUCCUCCUCAGCCGGUUCUCCCAUCGAUCGUCGGUGAUGUUGCCGUUGUUGUUGAUGAUGAGUCGGCGGCCGCGGCCUCCGCGCAGGCCAAGAGGGCCGCGCUCCAGCGCAAGGCUGCCGCGGAUAUGGUCGCCGCGGAGGACUUCGUUCGGCGAUUCGAGUCCGGUUAUUUGUCGGAUACCUCAAGAGGCGUUGUGCGAGAAGAACAGGCUCAGUCCAAUGUCAAUGUUAUGUGCCGGAUAUGUUUUUGUGGUGAAAACGAAGGAAGUGAGAGAGCAAGAAGGAUGCUUCCAUGCAAAACCUGUGGCAAGAAGUACCACAGGAACUGCAUAAAAGUCUGGUCUCAACACAGAGAUCUAUUUCACUGGAGUUCAUGGACGUGCCCCUUGUGCCGAAUUUGUGAGGUAUGCCGAAGAACAGGAGAUCCAAACAAGCUUAUGUUCUGCAAGAGGUGUGAUGGUGCUUACCAUUGUUACUGUCAGCAUCCUUCACACAAGAAUGUUUCUCCUGGACCUUAUGUGUGCCCAAAACAUACACAGUGUCACAGCUGUGGGUCAAAAGUCCCAGGAAAUGGCUUAAGUGUAAGGUGGUUUCUGGGAUAUACUUGCUGUGAUGCGUGUGGAAGAUUAUUUGCAAAGGGGAAUUAUUGUCCGGUCUGCUUGAAGGUUUAUAGAGAUUCAGAAUCAACACCGAUGGUUUGCUGUGAUAUUUGCCAGCGCUGGGUGCAUUGCCAAUGUGAUGGAAUCAGUGACGAGAGAUAUCAGCAGUAUCAGUUAGAUGGAAAUCUCCAGUACAAAUGUGCCACGUGCCGUGGAGAGUGCUACCAGGUCAAGAAUAAUGAGGAUGCUGUGAAAGAGCUUUGGAGGAGAAAAGACGCCGCUGAUAAAGAUUUAAUUUAUAGUUUGAGGGCUGCCGCUGGGCUGCCAACUCAAGAAGAAAUAUUUUCUAUUUCACCCUAUUCUGAGGAUGAAGAAAAUGGCCCUCAAAUAUUAAAGAAUGAACUUGGGCGUCAAUUAAAAUUAUCUGUCAAAGGGUUGGUUGAUAAGUCACCAAAAAAGACCAAGGACAGCGGAAAGAAAUCUUUAAAUAAAGUGUCUGCUAAGAAAAAGGAACAGCAGGAUUUCUUAAUUGGUACAACCGAAGUGAACCAGAGUUUUGGUGGACAUGAUGAUUCACAGUCAUUUGGAUCUAGCUUGGGCUAUGACAAGAAUGAUGAGAUGCAGUCCUACAAAAAUGCAGAACCAGACGUAUAUUUUUCACCCGUCACUGGAAUGGGCCACACCAAAGAGAUUUGUUCUGUCAACGAGCCAGGUGUUUUGAAGCACAAGUUUGUUGAUGAAGUGAUGGUGAGUGAUGAAGAUCGGAGUUCCAAGGCCGUUCGUAUCAAGGGUAAGUCUCAUGGUCUUGAUAGCGGAGAGGAUACUGCAAAGCAUGCUGGAAAGUCAAAGCCUGUGAAAGGGAAGAAGUUAGUUAUAAAUUUUGGUGCACGGAAGAUAAAUAUAACUAAGUCUCCAAGGUCUGAUGUUUCAACUGGUCAAAGAGAACAAGAUGUGGUGACCUCGAAUGGCAGUGAAGAUGUGAGCCAGCAGAAGGCAAGUCGUAUGGUGGAUAGACAUGAUGGUUCUGCUAAUAUCGGUGAUGCUAAAGACAGAAGCGAUUAUUCUGGCCAUUUGAAAGGUUCAAAGGUUGCUGGAAGAGAAGGAAAUUUUAUAAAGUUGGGAAAAGUUAGGUCAGGAGCUUCUGAUUCUAUCCCUAAAGUUGCUAGAGGAGAUAAGGUUGAUGGAUACGAAGACGUUCCUCCAGAGCCGGUACAUGGUUCGUCUGGAAAAAGCAUUGAAGGGGGCACGACUGCAGUUGUGCCUGUAGGUGAAGUCCCGACUAUGAGAAAUGAGAGGGUAUACUCCCGCAAGCAAUCACAAAGCAGGUCUAAUAUACGUAGUGAAAGCAAUGAUGAUCCUGCUCAGACACCUGUUUCACAUUCGCCGGCCAAGGAUACAAAACCUUUAUUGAAGUUUAAGCUUAAGAAACCUAAUCUCGAAAAUCAGAGUUCUUCCUACCAGGAGGAAGAAAAAAGUUACGUUAAGGGCCAACGGUCAAAAAGAAAGAGACCGUCACCUUUUAUGGAGAAAACGUCAUUUAGUGAGAAUGAUGAUAAGACACAAUCAGUUCAAGAUAAUCUAAUGGAUGAGAUCAUGGAUGCUAAUUGGAUAUUGAAAAAGUUGGGCAGAGAUGCAAUUGGAAAGCGAGUUGAAGUUCAGCAGCUAUCUGACAAUUCAUGGCACAAGGGAGUGGUUACUGACAUAAUUGACGGCACAUCAACGCUAUCUGUUACUCAGGAUGAUGGCAAAGUCAAAUCUCUGGAACUUGGGAAGCAAGGGGUUCGUUUUGUAUCUCAAAAGCAGAAGAGGUCGAGAACAUGAAGUCUGUCCCAUUAAGAUGGAAAGAAAAUUCUGUGUUUCCAAAGGCCUGAAAACAUAUGUUGUAGCAUUUCUGGUGGCUGGUAUUUAUGCUCAUUCGUUUCACUUCACUCUUUCGAGAGUUGUAUGUGGGGCUUUUCAGUCUUCCUUGAAGAAUUUGCUCUGGUCGACUAGGGUAGUUCCAAGGUAGGCAGGCAAGCAAAGCUUUUUCUUUCGACAGCUGCCUCAUUCUCUGAAUGUAUGUAGAUAGAUAGGUUUUUGUUUUUGCGUACUCAGAAUUGAUAAUUUAGAAUUUGCUGUAACAGGAUAGGAAUGAACAGCGUGAAAUUAUUGGGUGCUGUUUUUAUUCAGGCUGGCUAGACGCAGUUUCCGAGUCUUUACAAAUUAAUGGAAUUGAAUAUGUUGAAGUUAUGUUACCAUA